GCUGUCAGAGAGACAUGAGUCGGACCGGCGAGAGGAGCUGAGAGGGAAAACACACACACACGCACAGAGGUUUUGAGUUGGAGGAAUUUUAUUUAUUUGGUCGAAGAGACCCGCGGCCAGGCCAUGGAUGAGCAUGCAGGGCCCGGUGUGUUCUUCAACAACAACAAUAACUCGGUGCUGCAGAGCGGCGGAGCAGGAAAGAGCGCUGUGGCCGAGGGGAGCGGCGCGGAGGCGGGCAGGGCGCAAUACAGCAUCCCGGGCAUCCUGCACUUCCUCCAGCACGAGUGGGCCCGCUUCGAACUGGAGAGAGCACAGUGGGAGCUGGAGAGAGCUGAGCUGCAGGCCCAGGUUGCGUUCCUGCAUGGCGAGAGAAAAGGCCAGGAGAACCUGAAAAAGGACUUGGUGAGGAGGAUCAAGAUGCUGGAGUAUGCGCUGAAGCAGGAAAGGGCGAAGUUCCACAAGUUAAAAUAUGGAACGGAGUUGAAUCAAGGUGACAUGAAGCCGCCAAGCUACGACUCCGAUGAAGGGAACGAGAAGGAUGCUCCUGGCUCCUUGAACAAUCAGCUGUCGUGGAAACAGGGCCGACAGCUCCUCAGACAGUACCUGCAGGAGGUGGGCUACACGGACACUAUCCUGGACGUGAAGUCUCAGAGAGUGAAGGCUCUGCUGGGGCUGAUGGGAGACUCCAGCCGGCCCAAUCAGGAGCCUCUGAUCAACGGCACGGACUCUGCGCCUAAAGGAGCAAACACAGGGAAAGCGGAGCUGUCAGAGUCGAGCGCUGUGCUCGAAGCAUUUAAGUUCAUUGAAAGUGCCACUGCUGAGUUCAGUGAUGAGGAUGAUGAUGAGGACAGCGACGGUAGAGAGAGGACUAUCGUCGAUUCACGAACGAUUGUGAGGAAGAAGCCGUCCUCGUCCUCUUUCUCUCCGACUGCUGAUGUGUGUGAUGACCUUGACACUGAGGACGCGCUGAAGGACUUUGACUUCCUGUCUACUACUGAGGACAUGGACACGUCACCGGAGUCCAGGAGUGCUGGAGACGGUACAGACUGGGAGAAGGACAAGCAGCAGCAUGGCACAUCUGAGGCCUGGGACGUGGAUCAGGGUCUGAUUACCAAACUCAAGGAGCAAUACAGAAAGGAGCGCAAAGGCAAAAAGGGGGUGAAGAGACCGAACCGCACUAAGCUGCAGGACAUGUUGGCUAAUCUGAGAGAGAACGAGGAUGCGAGUCCACUGCAGUCGUCAGUCAGUCCGCCGUCUCGACCCAAUGCCAACCGCUUCAUCGAACACGACAGCAGCCACACUGACGAAGUGGAGGCCAUCACGUUCCCUCCGUCCUCGGGGAAGUCCUUCAUCAUGGGAGGAGAGGUCACAGUGGACUCGGGGGAGCUGGGUCUGGGAGAACUCGCAGGACUCACUGUCGCCAACGAAGCCGACAACCUCGCUUACGACAUUGCUAAUAAUAAAGACGCCCUGCGUAAGACGUGGAACCCGAAGUUCUCCCUGCGCAGUCACUUCGACGCCAUUCGCGGCCUGGCGUUCCACCCCACCGAGCCAGUUCUCAUCACGGCCUCUGAAGAUCACACGCUCAAGAUGUGGAACCUGCAAAAAACGACGCCUGUUAAAAAGAAUGCCUCACUGGAUGUGGAACCUAUUUAUACGUUCAGGGCUCAUAGGGGUGCAGUGCUAUGUGUGGUGAUGAAUAACACAGGAGAGCAGUGCUACAGUGGCGGAGUGGACGGCACCAUUCAGUGCUGGAACACACCCAGCUCCAACAUCGACCCCUAUGACUCCUAUCAGCCGUGUGUCCUGCGUGGGGCGCUGUCUGGACAUACAGAUGCGGUCUGUGGUCUGGUACACAGCAGCGCACACCAGCGCCUCCUGUCCUGCUCAGCUGAUGGCACGGUGCGGUUAUGGAACGCCUCCAGUGCAGUUAUGGAGCCGGCCAUCGCAGUGUUCAACGAGAACAAGGAGUUGGGCGUGGCCUCUUCAGUGGAUCUGGUGUGCAGUGAACCCGCCUACAUGGUCACCUCCUUCACUAACGGCAAGAUCGGCCUCUUCAACAUGGAGACACAACAACUCGUGCAGAGCAUUAAGUCUACUACUGAGUCUGGUGCGUCCUGUCAGAUUAACAAAGUGCUGAGUCACCCGACUCUCCCCAUCACCAUCACGGCUCAGGAGGACCGCCACAUCAAGUUCUACGACAACAACACGGGAAAAUCCAUCCACUCCAUGGUGGCCCAUUUGGACGCCGUUACGAGCCUUGCUGUGGAUCCGAACGGACUGUAUUUGAUGUCUGGAAGCCACGACUGCUCCAUCCGCCUGUGGAACCUUGAGAGCAAGACCUGCAUCCAGGAGUUCACGGCGCACCGCAAGAAGUUUGACGAGUCCAUCCAUGACGUGGCGUUCCAUCCUUCCAAGUGCUACAUCGCCAGCGCUGGAGCCGACUCCCUCGCCAAGGUCUUCGUAUGAGCCAGGAACUGCCCGCUGCCUUCAGCCCCGCCCACUGGCAUGGACCGAGCAGUGAGUGACAGAGUGCCUGGAAUUGGGUCGGGGACCAAUCAACGGGAGUCUGUCUUCUCUCAGCCGCCUCCUCUCCUCUCCACUCCUCUCUUCACCUCGCGGCCUCAGCCUCCUCAGCCUUUCGACAGCGACCGGAGAUGGAAGAAGCGUGCUUCAGGGUGAGACUGUUCCCCCGAGUACCUCUUAUAGAAUCCAGGCAGGCCUGGGUGCUCUACACAGACACUUCCACGUGCAGGAACCUGCGCCACCAUGUGAUCCAGACGAAGAGGAAAUAAAGCUGCGCAGAAACGGCGUAACCGUGUAGCAUUAGCAACACUCCUCCUGUCUGAUUGAUUGAUUGUUUUUCUCCUUGAAGUGAAGAACCUCGUCGUACAGUUCCUCACCCUUGAGGAUCUGUGAAAUUAACGCGUGUGUCGUGGAGUACAUUUCCUCUUCCUCUUCUCUCGGCUUCCACGACUGAUACGCAAUAUUCUGCCUACCUUUCAUUCAUUUUAAAAAAGUAAUGUUGACAAAAUGUGCCUUUGCUUCAGAAAGGUCUUAAUUAUUUUACAGAUUUUUUUUGCUUUUUCACGAGGGCUUGGGAAAGGGACAAUGGGGCGAAAAAAAUCAGGCUGGGGAAGGACAACGGCAUUCGUUUUAACCGUAUAGGACACUGGAUGUGUAAUUACAAACGCGUAUUAAUAAACAAAUAUAUAUAUUUAGUCUUAAACCUUAACAUUCAGUGGGAAAUUGAGCUUUUUUGAUACUUUGUUGAAGUGUGUGUGUGUGUGUGUGUGUGUGUGUGUGCGCGCGCGCGUGUGGUAUGCAGUGAAUUUGCAGUGCUGGUUUUAGAAAACCCUAAUAAGUGAACCUCUUAUUGUCCAUAAUCGUUGGAUGCAGGUUAAGUUGAAGAAGUCGAGAUGAUCUCCUCCUGCCUACAAAUAAAACAUGGGUUUGUCAACGCGACACGGGUUUUUUUUUUUUUUCUUUUUUUUUUUCUUUCUUAGUAUUUUAUACAAAUCGAUUUUAUUGACCAGCUGUCAGACACUGAAAUGGACGCUGUGGGUUGAGAGGUCAGAAGUUCUCCAUGGUUUGGUUACAUGACCAUUUGCAGUUAAUUGCCAGACAAGGUGAGAUUUCUGCUGUUUUUUUUUUUUGAAUGCUCUGCAUGAACGGCUCCUGAAAUGUGAUCAGAAAUGGAUUAGAAAAUUCAUCUUUAUUAAUAAAGACUGUCUUAUUUAACAGACAACAAUGUUUUAGCGUGAUGUACUGUAUUUUCAUUUAAACAAGUGAUUUUAAAAGGGAACUGAAGGCAUACUUUUUAUCAAAAUUCUAUUUAUCUCGUUUUAUAAAUUAUUGGAAUGCAUUUCUGACAGCUAUUUUGUCACUGCUAUAGCAAGUUAUGAAUGUUUUGAAAUAUGCUCUGUAAUAUAUCAGUCUACGGUAUAUGUCAAAGCAACGGCCGUAAACGAGAUUCACUGAGACCUGUGCGAGACAUCGGAGGAUGGAAGUAAAACAUACAGCAGAAAUCAAAGUGACCAACAUCUGCCAAUGUUGUCAAAAGACACGCGCGCCCUCUUUUGAAUGCUGACGUAAUCAAGCCAGAAGUUUUCCCUGUGUCCGAAAUCGCUCGCUACUCACUACAUAUGUAGUGGGGACGCCAUUUUGUAGUGCUGUCCGAAACCUUAGCGAGGAUUAUUACACACUAUAUAGUGCACUCAAAGUAUCCCACGAUGCAUCACGAAAAGUAGUGUACAACCGAUGGUCACUAACCAAAGCAACAUAUCCUAUCAUGCAUUGUGGUCACACUGAAAGAAAUCAAAUUAAAAGUCUCAAAUUUGAUUUAACAGAAGGCAGCGGCAAAGAAGAAAGUAUUCAGCCUUGAUUUAAAAAAAAAAAAAACUGAAAGAUGCAGGUACUUUGAUUAAUGUGGGAAAUGUGCUCAGUAUAAUAUGUAUUUAUCAUAAAAAUACAUGCAUGUAUUUAUUAUUUUGAAAACCCACCAGCUGACUGAUCUGACACGUUUUAAUUGUGCGACAGUAAUGACGUAAAUACCAGCGUGACGGACUAGUGUCCGAAAGCAGUUUUGGUUUUUUUGUUUGUUUGUUUUCCCAUUUAACCAAUGGCUCGAAAUAUGGAAUAAUCUCCAUCACUGAUGAAGCUGGCAAAUCUCGAAAUUAAUCUAAAUUGGAAUAAUAUGGCGAUCUGGCCGCUGUGUAAACAGUUUUCAAAAUGGCGGUGCUGACACUUCAUGUUUUGAAGUCUCGCACAAGUCUCAUGAAGAUCGCGCGGAUAAGCGACGCCUGCCGUGGACCAAACGAGCUACAUUCAACAUGGCUAAAAACUGAACAGGCCGAUAAGUGUAAUAUAAUAUGCCAAUAUGAGUCACGAUAUAAGGUUAAUAAAGCCGAAAAUGUAAUUGAAUAACACGUUAAUUAAGAAAUAAAGCAAGUUUAAAAAUGACUUCAGUUCCCCUUUAAUCACAGAGCUGGAGAAAUCUGUAGAUAUGAGUACGUAGGUGAGUUGGAAUCAUUGGGGGCUGGAAAGCGGGGCAUACUUUCGCUCUAUCCUGUUUAUCACAGCAACAGUGGCUAUUUCGUUUGUAUCUGUGAGCUCAGGUAUGCAGAAGGGGGCAGGUAGUGCUUUACUCAGUGUGUGUUCAGAGAGCUGGUGGGUGAAUGCAAAUUGACCAAGACUGAAGAACAAAUAAACACGCAACUCCAGAAUGAUUGAGGGCUUUUUGUUUGGUUGGUUGGUUGGUUUUGUUUGUUUUUUAAAGUGUCUGAUAUGAAGUGACCCUCUGUAAGUCCCUCAUCUUACUUGAAUAAUCUCAUGGAAAUGAAUGGUUCAGGGGAAUAACUUUGAGGCUAAAACUGCUGAACAUAUUUGAUUUGCUUCAUGACCGAAACUCCAUUUUGGUUCUGAAAUAAAACCUUUUAAAAAUCUCUUCAUAA